GAGCACAGAGCUCCUUACAGCUAAACCCUGCUACUAAAACGUCUAAAACCUGCAGAAAAGUGAGUAAAACGUCUGUGAAGAUGAGUUGUUGAUCAUAUCUGUCAGGUGCAGGCUUUUGAUGACGAGCUUGAGUAAACUUAUGAGCUAGCAGAAUUAGCUUGUUGGCUGUGUUAACCUAUAAAGGCAACAUGGUGAUUAAAUCCACAUAAUCAUGUUGACUAAUGGUAGUCACAUUGUUUCUACUGAAGCUUGUCAUGGGUAGUAAAAGACCAGCAGAGGAACAUAAACACCUGACAUCCACUGAGGAGUCACGUGUGGAGGAAAUGUCUAAAAACAUCCUGACUGGCUCUGAGGCAGAAACAGCCGUCGUCCUGCAUGAAUGCACACAACACAACACGCCCGAGGUGGGCAUGGAUGAACUGGGACUGCUUUUUGAUUCCCGGAUCAAUGAAGUGUCUCGUCUGGAAAGGCAGAGAGAUGAAAUGAUCCAAGAGCUUCUUGAGCUGCAGGAGCCCAUGCUGCAGGUGGUGGAGCUCCUCAGAGGGAAGCUGAGUGAUGCUCGGAGGCUGCUCACGCUGGCUCAGCUGGACUAUAACGCUGUGCAUGAGGACGUACAGCAGGUGAAGGUGAAAUUAUUCCUCACAACCAGAGACAGCAUUCAGAGCCAGGUGACUCUGGAUGCAUGCAAGUAUGAGGUGGCUCAGUCCAGGAUUACACAGGAGGAACUCAAUGGCCAUCUCCAGCAUCUGAGUCAGGAGCUUUCCCAGCUGCAGGUUGCUCAUCAGAACCUGCUCAUCUCCCUCAGGGAUCGGGCCCGUAGGCCUUGGAGGUCUAGAGCCAUGAGCGACGUCAGCCAAUGUCGGCAAGCUUCUGUCAGGCUGCAGAGGAGGUUCAGUGGCAGCGUGAGGGCGCUGGAGGGCUGGUAUGAGCCUCGCCUCAUGGCCCUGCUGAAGAGGAGGCAGGUGGCAGAGGAAGCUUUGAGAAACUCCAGGGAGCAGGCGACUGACCUGAGGGCCCGUCUGGGGCCCCUGAUUGGAGAAAUAGAGAGGCUGGGGGUGCAGAGAUCUUGUCUGGAGAAGAAGAUCAUGCUUAUGGAGACAGAGAGGGAAGAGAAAGCUGCACUUCAUAAGGAAACGGUGGAGAAUCUACAGACAUCUCUGAGAAAACUUCAGCUGGAGUUUAAUGUUCAGAAAAUGUAUAAAAAAGAUUUGGAGAUGCUUAUAAAUGGCCUUGAAACAGAUCUCACAUUUCUCAGAGGAAGGAAUGAACCCAGGACUACGGCAGAGGAAGGCCAGUUUUCCAUUAUUAUUCCUAAUCAAACCACGUCCCGGACAGACUCUUGCGUGCAAUCCAAUCUGUAACAGGAAGUGCAACUACACAGCUUUACUGUAAAUAUUUUAUUAUGAAUAUACUUAGGUACACAAAAGAUAAGAUGCAGCACAGAGAAACAAAAAUGCAGAAAAACCCAACAGAAACAACAAUUCACAAUCUGGAAAAUUCAACUACGAAAA